UCCCCUCAGGCUCGGCCGCGCCGGGGGCCGCGGGCCGGUUCCUGAGGUGGCCCAGGCGUCCCCCGCCCCGCCGCCGGCGCCGCCUCGGCCGUCCCUGCCCGCCGCCCCCCGCCCUCCGCCUCCGCCUGCCCCCGCCCUCCGCCGCCCUGCCCCCUCCCCGCCCAGCAGCGGUCGCUCGGGCCCCGGCUCUCGGUUAUAAGAUGGCGGCGCUGAGCGGCGACGGCGGCGCGGAGCAGGGCCAGGCUCUGUUCAACGGGGACAUGGAGCCCGAGGCCGGCGCGGGCGCCGCGGCCUCUUCUGCGGCGGACCCCGCCAUCCCCGAGGAGGUGUGGAAUAUCAAACAAAUGAUUAAAUUGACACAGGAACAUAUAGAGGCUCUAUUGGACAAGUUUGGUGGAGAGCAUAACCCACCAUCAAUAUAUCUGGAGGCCUAUGAAGAAUACACCAGCAAGCUAGAUGCCCUCCAACAAAGAGAACAACAGUUACUGGAAUCCCUGGGGAAUGGAACUGAUUUUUCUGUUUCUAGCUCUGCAUCAACGGACACCGUUACAUCUUCUUCCUCCUCUAGCCUUUCCGUGCUACCUUCAUCUCUUUCAGUUUUUCAAAAUCCCACAGAUGUGUCACGGAGCAACCCUAAGUCACCACAAAAACCUAUUGUUAGAGUCUUCCUGCCCAACAAACAGAGGACAGUGGUACCUGCAAGGUGUGGAGUUACAGUCCGGGACAGUCUAAAGAAAGCACUGAUGAUGAGAGGUCUAAUCCCAGAGUGCUGUGCUGUUUACAGAAUUCAGGAUGGAGAGAAGAAGCCAAUUGGCUGGGACACUGACAUUUCCUGGCUUACUGGAGAGGAAUUGCAUGUAGAAGUACUGGAGAAUGUUCCGCUUACAACACACAACUUUGUACGGAAAACAUUUUUCACCUUAGCAUUUUGUGACUUUUGCCGAAAGCUGCUUUUCCAGGGUUUCCGCUGUCAAACAUGUGGUUAUAAAUUUCACCAGCGUUGUAGUACAGAGGUUCCACUGAUGUGUGUUAAUUAUGACCAACUUGAUUUGCUGUUUGUCUCCAAGUUUUUUGAACACCACCCAAUACCACAGGAGGAGGCCUCCUUAGCAGAAACUGCCCUUGCAUCUGGAUCAUCCCCUUCCGUACCCCCCUCCGAUUCUAUUGGGCCCCAAAUCCUCACCACUCCGUCUCCUUCAAAAUCCAUUCCAAUUCCACAGCCUUUCCGACCAGCAGAUGAAGAUCACCGAAAUCAGUUUGGACAACGAGACCGGUCUUCGUCAGCUCCAAAUGUGCAUAUAAACACAAUAGAACCUGUCAAUAUUGAUGACUUGAUUAGAGACCAAGGGUUUCGUAGUGAUGGAGGAUCAACUACAGGUUUAUCUGCCACCCCCCCUGCCUCGUUACCUGGCUCACUCACUAAUGUGAAAGCGUUACAGAAAUCUCCAGGACCUCAGAGGGAAAGAAAAUCAUCUUCGUCCUCAGAAGACAGGAAUAGAAUGAAAACACUUGGUAGACGGGAUUCAAGUGAUGAUUGGGAGAUUCCUGAUGGGCAGAUCACAGUGGGACAAAGAAUUGGAUCCGGGUCAUUUGGGACAGUCUACAAGGGAAAGUGGCAUGGUGAUGUGGCAGUGAAAAUGUUGAAUGUGACAGCACCCACACCUCAACAGUUACAGGCCUUCAAAAAUGAAGUAGGAGUACUCAGGAAAACUCGACAUGUGAAUAUUCUACUUUUCAUGGGCUAUUCAACAAAGCCACAACUGGCUAUUGUCACCCAGUGGUGUGAGGGCUCCAGCUUAUAUCACCAUCUCCACAUCAUUGAGACCAAAUUUGAGAUGAUCAAACUUAUAGAUAUUGCACGACAGACUGCACAGGGCAUGGAUUACUUACACGCCAAGUCAAUCAUCCACAGAGACCUCAAGAGUAAUAAUAUUUUUCUUCAUGAAGACCUCACAGUAAAAAUAGGUGACUUUGGUCUAGCCACAGUGAAAUCUCGAUGGAGUGGGUCCCAUCAGUUUGAGCAGUUGUCUGGAUCCAUUUUGUGGAUGGCUCCAGAAGUAAUCAGAAUGCAAGAUAAAAACCCAUAUAGCUUUCAGUCAGAUGUAUAUGCAUUUGGGAUUGUUCUGUAUGAAUUGAUGACUGGACAGUUACCUUAUUCAAACAUCAACAACAGGGACCAGAUAAUUUUUAUGGUGGGACGAGGAUAUCUAUCUCCAGAUCUCAGUAAGGUACGAAGUAACUGUCCAAAAGCCAUGAAGAGAUUAAUGGCGGAGUGCCUAAAAAAGAAGAGAGAUGAAAGACCACUCUUUCCCCAAAUCCUCGCCUCUAUUGAGCUGCUGGCCCGCUCAUUGCCAAAAAUUCACCGCAGUGCAUCAGAACCCUCCUUGAAUCGGGCUGGCUUCCAGACAGAGGAUUUCAGUCUCUAUGCUUGUGCUUCUCCGAAAACGCCCAUCCAGGCAGGGGGAUACGGAGAAUUUGCAGCCUUCAAGUAGCCACACCAUCAUGGCAGCAUCUACUCUUACUUCUUAAGUCUUGUGUUCGUACAAUUUGUUAACAUCAAAACACAGUUCUGUUCCUCAGAUCUUUUUUUAAAGAUUCAAAAUUUUCAGUGCAUAAGCUGGUGUGGAACAGAAUGGAAUUUUCCAUCCAAGAAAAGAGGGAAGAAUGUUUUAGGAACCAGAAUUCUCUGCUGCCAGUGUUUCUUCUUCAACACAAACACCAUGUGCAUACAAGUCUGCCCACUCCCAGGAAGAAAGAGGAGAGACCCUGAGUCCUGACCUUUUGAUGGUCAGGCAUGAUGGAAAGAAACUGCUGCUACAGCUUGGGCGAUUUGCUCUGGAAGGUCUGCCGGUCAACUGUGCCCUUCUAACCACCAGAUCAAUGCGUGGCUGAUCAUCUGAUGGGGCAGUUGCAUUCACCAAGCACCGUUCUCUUUCCUGUUCUGGGGUUCUGUUGUGGAGCUCUUUCCCCUAGCCACCACCGGUUAAUUUCUGAGGGACGGAACAAAAAUGCAGCAUGCCCUUCUGUGUGGCGCGUGUUCAGUCCUUGACAGGUUUUUAUCAGAAUGAGCUAUUUUAUCGAAAUGGAGGAUGGGAGGGGAGACAGAGCUACGUUUUGGUGCAGAGGAAAAGGGAAUGCUGCAUCUUUUUCCUGACCUCCUAGAUUCUGGCCUUUUAUUUCCUUGCUCAUUGAGGGUGUCUGCCUAUCCAAGCAGGCUGGAAAGGGCUGGCACUCGUUGCCGUCUUUGCUCAUUGGGUCCAGCAAUGAAGAGAAGUGUUUGGGGAUUUUUUUCUCCUCCACAAUAUAGCAAGUUCUCAGGAAAAUCUUCCUCCUAAGCUCUUCCAAGUCACCAAGUACUUAAGUGACUACUUUGUCCAAGGCACACAAACGCCAUGGUGGUAUCUAACGAAAAGUCUACAAAACUGCUUGAUAACGGUUUUGAAUGUGAGACACUUAUGUAAUUUAAAUGUAAGGUACAAGUUUUAAUUUCCGAGUUUCUUCUAUUAUAUUUUUAUUAAAAAGAAAAUGAUUUUCAGAUUUAAUUGAAUUGGAAUGAAAUUAUACUUCCCACUAGAAUUAUAUAUCCUGGAAAAUUGUAUUUUUGUUAUAUAAACAACUUUUAAAGAAAAAUUAUCCUUUUCUCUACCUAAAUAUGGGGAGUCUUAGCGUAUGACAAAUAUUUAUAAUUUUUAAAUUAAUGGUACUUGCUGGAUCCAUACUAACAUCUUUGCUAAUAUCUCAUUGUUUCUUCCAGUUUACUUCUACACUACAUCCUCAUCCUCUUUCUAGUCUUUUAUCUAGAAUAUGCAACCUAAAAUAAAAAUGGUGGUGUCUCCAUUUAUUCUCCUUCUUCCUUUUUUCCCAAGCCUGGUCUUCAAAAGGUUGGGUAAUGUGGCAGCUGAGGUCCCCAAGCAGAGAACAGAGCAGUUUUAGGUGUAUCAGGACUGAGAGGGGAUGUGUGAAGCCCAACAUCAGUUGUUUUUGUAGAAGGCUGCUGUGAUACUAAGAACCUCAUUCUCCAUCUUUGUAUAAGUAAGAAAUAUAACCUAGUCCUAGCUUCCCUUGGCCUCUGAUAAGGGUGGUGUAAGUCACAGUAGGGACAAAGAAAGGGACUCUGGACAUAUUAAUGGUAAAUUAUUGACAAAUACCUACCUUAUCAUGAGUUGAGAAUCUCUCUCAUCAGGAUUUAGGAAUGUACAUCGAAUCAAAUGUACUCAACCCAACCAAGCUGGGUAGCUAAGGGUCUGAAAGAAAUUAGACAGGACCUAUAAAAUAAACCAGGGAAUUAGAAAUUGUUAUAAAAUUGCAAAUUGUUACUCACCCCACUAUCUUUCAGUCUGCUAAAGCUCACUGCCAUUAGAUGAUUUUUGCUAAAAUACCUGUAUUCACAGGAAGGCCUACCAAAAAUUUCACAGAUUUGCAAAAAGCUGUCCCAGUAGGAUAAAAAAUACAGUUUAUUAGUGAGUUUGAAAAGCGGUGUAUUCUUAAAUGUUACAUGGGCAGAGCAGUAUCUUGGCACAAUUCAGAAAUUGCACAGGUGAAGGUGAUUCAUGCUCAUUGAGGAGCAUCUUGUGUGUGUAAUACUGCCUCUGUGAAAAGCAUUGUUUAUUUUUCUUUCUAAAGUUGGUCCCCAUGGAUGCUUUUAAACGUGCUUGUGUUUUCUUUACCAGCAUCUUGGAGAGCUGGGCGUAAACUGGUCUUAAGCCUGUGUGCCGAGCAGGUGGAGCCUGGCGCAGGCUCAGGUGCAGGACUGCCUGGGGCGGCCCAGGUUAGCGCUGGAACGGCUCCGGACAAAAUUCACUUGUACACUAACACACUUUUCUCUUCCCUUUCUCUUUAAAAUAGGUUGCUGUCUCAUUUGAAAAGAGGGAACAGACUUGAUCUCAAAUGCGUAUGUGCCCAGAAGCCAGGCUCAGGGUAUUCUUGAGAGAUAUUUUUAGAGCCCUUAAAAAAUAAAAACAAGAUUUAAAAAUUUCCCUUUCCUUCCUUUAAUCAAUCAGAUUGUUUUUGCUCUCGUUUACAACUGAUAGGAAAAGGGGUUUACCUCUGAGUUUCACUUGCUUUAUUUUUUGAUGCUUAACUACAGAUAGACUUGCUGAGCUCCUAAGAAAUACAAGGAAGAACUCCUUGAUGUGCUAAGCACUUUAUGGUGAUUUGUAUAAAUAGUAUGUGGCUGCUUCACUGAUUAUCUUGUAAGGUUGUAGUUACCUGUCUUUUCCAUUAAGUGGCUGCAGUGCCUUCUGUGGUGUAUUUUACUUUGGGUGAGGAGAGGUGAAGCCUUCUGAAAAAUUUGAGAGCAACCAUAAAUGAUUGUUUUAAAAGAUGUAGGAUUCCUGGUGGACUUUUUUUUUUUAACUGUUAAACUACAGUCUAGGGUCUAGACUUUUGCCACUGAAAUAAUAUUGACCAAAAAGUAGUUUAUAAAAGGGAUUUGUGAGUAGAAAAAUCCAGUGUGAUUGUUUGUACUGUGCACCUUAGAAGGUUUUGUCUAGCUGUCAAAUUCUGGCUCCUGAAUGUGCAGUCCCUGAUUGUAUGUGAGGUCUGCUAGGACAAACUGGGGUGUCCUAGAAGAUAAAAUCACAUAUGUAAAGUUACAUGUUAGACUCAUGUUGGUGUUGGAGAAGAAAGGGCACUAUAUAGUUGCAAAGAAAUAAGUCAGGACUUCAACACUGUCAGCCUGAAACUGUAAAUAGUUUCUAGGUUCUCGUGGGGUGCAAUCACAGUGCUCUAUCACAUCAUGUUACCUUCUGUUCGUCAGGCAGCCUUGCAACGGCUGCACGCCCCUCCGCAGCUCUCCCGCCCCUCCCGUACACUCACCCUCCGCCUCAUCUAGCUGUAGUCUGAAGCAUACUGCAGAGUUCAGGUGACCUCUUCAAAAACUACCUCCUCAGAAUGAGGUAAUGAAUAGUUAUUUAUUUUAAAAUACGAGAAGUCAGGAGCUCUAGAACAUGAAGAUGAUUUAGGAUUUUAAUUUUUAUGUGUGCUUGUAUGUGAGUGCUCUCAUUUCGUCCAUAAGGGCAUUAUACAUUUAAGCAGUAAUGCUGAAAAAAUGUAGCUCAGUCAGAGUGUCUGAAUGUCGUUGCAAGUGGUGCCAGAAUCUGUUUAGGGGUACGUUUCAGAAUCUCAACCGUAAGUCAGCUGCAUGAAAUGAAAUAGUUACGGUAUCACUUCACUAACAAUGAUAUAAUUUUAAUUUCCAGUGGGCUUGGCAAGACAAUACACCUUCACAGUGAGUUACCCACAGCUUUGUCACACGCACAGAUACUCCAACAGACUGCCCGGCUCAGAGGGCAGAGAAUUACUACCCAUUUCGCAAGAUUCUCUUCUCUGUCCAAGUUGGCGUUGUUGGCGCUAGAAGAGCAGCACCUCCAGACUAGCUGAUUCCAACCAUUAGGCUAGUUUUUUCAAAACACAUAGCCAGACACGGAAGGUUUACUGUGAGUAUGAACAGGAAAUAGCGUAUAGAUCACACAUUGGAAUGGUGAAGGUGAGGCUCUAGAAAAAUACCUUGACAAUUUGCCAAAUGAUCUUACUGUGCCUUCAUGAUGCAAUAAAAAAGCUAAAAUAUUAGCAGAAAUCAGUGACUUGUGAAGAGAGCAGCCACUCUGGUCUAACUCAGCUGUGUUAAUAUUUUUUAGAGUGCAAUUUAGACUGCAAAGAUAAAUGCACUAAAGAGUUUAUAGCCAAAAUCACAUUUAAGAAAAUGAAAAAAAAAAAAAAAAAACAGGUAAAUUUUCAGUGAACAAAAUUAUUUUUUUAAAGCACAUAAUCCCUAGUAUAGUCAGAUAUAUUUAUCACAGAGCAAAUAGGUUGAAAUUAUAGUUCAGUGACAUUUCUAGAGAAACUUUUUCUACUCCCAUAGGUUCUUCAAAGCAUGGAACUUUUAUAUAACAGAAAUAUUUGACAGACAUUUUAAGAAAUUGCUGUAGUGUAAGGUUGAAGUACUGUAUGCUGGGCAGCAGUUGUGUGUGUUAACUUAGUGAGAAGGGGGAAGGAAAUUAAAAAAUGGGACAGAAUUUGAUUUUACCAGUUUCCAGAAUACUGCUGCCAACCUAGACACUGAUUUUUCAGAGUUUGAAAUACAAACUUGCCUCCCAGGACUGGCUGGCGAAUUGAACAGGACGGUGCUGCUAAUGCUGUGUGGGGUGCUGUAUGAGAGGGCAUUGGCACAGUUAAUGACCUGGCCGUGGGUGUGAACUGGACACCCUCCAUGGUGUGCUUCUUGUAACUUGUUUCAUUCCUCACCACCCAAGAAAGGCAACAUACUGUCUCCAGCAAGUUCUCGAGACGUUUGACUAAGGUGUGUUACUGAUGCCCAUAGGUCGUUGAGCACCCGAGGAGUGCUGUAGCCCCUCUGCCUGACUCGUAUAUUGGCCCGCGUAGAAUGAAGUGGCCAGUGUAUUCAUGUUCCGUGUUGCCGGCUCUGAUAAAAUUGAAAAUGCUGGUAAGAUUUUUGUUACAUCAGUACACUUGACAGUAAGCUUUGUUUUGUUGUUUUCAGAUGACUUAUUUUUACUUCUGUUUGGGCCUUUACAUUGAAAUUCAGCCCUAAAUUUUGUCAUUUGUAGAAAGGAUAAUUAGCAGUUUCUGUCAGGUAUUUUUAAGGUAGAAGAGGACAAAAACCUAAGUCCUAAAAUCUUAAAUUAACAUAACAGUGCUUGAUUUUACAAUGCACAGGGACAGUUAGUCUCCACCUCAGAAAGUGUUUUAGUAGAUCUUUUAUUUCAGCAUCACAGCUUCAACUGUUAAUUCAGGCCUAUUAAUUACUGAAUCAAUUUCGUUAAAAUGUUUAAUUUUAUUUAGGUGUUUUGGCUAAUUAAUUACAAUGGUAUAACCAGCUGUGCACAAGGACACAGCCAACAUUUUUUUGUGAUGCAUUUUUUAAAAGAAUUCUAUAUAUUGAAGUACUCUUUAAAAAUAAAAAACUGAAAUACGUUUAUUCAUGAUAGUAUCAAAAAAAGGAGAAAGGAUUUGUGCAAACCAUCCACAUCUCCUGACAGGCUGAGCAGGUUCUCCAGCACCCGUGAGAGGCUCAUUCUGAUUGCGGUGUCUCCAUAGGAAAUGGACAUGAGUUUCACUCAGGAGACGCAGCAGAGGAGGGGUCCUCGUUACAGGGGUGCAGUGGGGUCAUGAGUAAGUUGCUUCGUACCGGUUUUCUUUGGAAAAGUAUUGUGUUGUGUUUGUGUGUUAAGCUUUUUAACCCAUGUGUGUUUUGGUGGAGUAGGAGUUACAUAGGAGGAAACUUCAGACUAGCUUAAGCAACAAAGCUCACAGACUAGGCACAAAUAUAGACAAAAUGGACCAAAUAGGAUGGGGGAGGGCGUGGGAAUAAGUCUGAGGGUAGGGAAAAAUUGAUGUGAGGGUGGGACACAAACCAUAAUUAUCUGAAAUAAAAUGUAAGAGUGCAAUAAGUGUGCUUUUUAUUCUAAGCUGUGAACGGUUUUUUAAGAAAAUCAUUCCUUCCUUACACAUUUGUGUGUUCCAGACAUAGCUGAUUAAAACCAGCUAUGAAAACAUAAUGCCUUUUUAUUCACAUUAAUUACCAACAUAAGUGGCUAAUCUCUGUGUCUUAUUUAUCUUCAUGUUACAUUGGUUUACAUACGGGGUGUGUGUGCACGCUGUGCCCUUUUUCCUCCGUUUGAACAUGUGCUCAUUCGGUCUUCUGUUUCCUUUGGCCACGCCACACGCUGUAGUCUCGGUUUGGCCUUCAUGAUGUCGCCUGACUGGAAAGACUAUCACAGUGAUGUAUUUCCGUUGGUUGUACACUCUGGCCCUUUCCUCACUCAGCAGUUCCCGCUUCUCCUCAAGUGGGAGCGUACAGCCGACUGGGGGAUUGCGUUUGACCAUUUACCGACAUGCUCCGUUGAAUUCUCUACAGUAGUUGUGGUUGCUCUUUGGUUCAGACCAAGAAAAAAGACAUCACCCCCCUUUUCAUUUACAUCUUGGUUUGAGGAUGCAUCUUCUGUAAGGGAGAGGAAAGGGGAGCCCUUCACAUUGUCACCGAGGGGGAUCAGUGGCUCCAGGUUCACCGCUCCAAACCUCACGGCAGUUCGCGUGCACAUCCCUCCGUCUCGCUGCCAAAGGUUCGGGUGUCGCUCUCUCCGGCCCCACUCGAGCACUGAGAAGGCUCUCGUGGGGUCUGGGGUGUGCCCAAUGAACGAUGGGGGCUUUCUAACUGCCCACAGACCUCUCUGUAUCUGCUUUGCAAAAAUUAUGGAGUAACUAUUUUUAAAACUUAUUUUUGAAUUCAUAAAAAAAAAAAGACGUUUAUUUUCAGUCAAAUGGAUGAUGUCUCCCUCUUGACCCUUAAUCCUCAGUGUUUGCUUGAAUCCUUUUUUUUUUUUUUCUCCCCAAUUCUUCCCCAAACCGACUUCUUGAUACUUUGGUUCUCUUUCCUGCUCAGGUCCCUUCAUUUGUACUUUGGAAUUUUUCUCAUGUAAAUUUGUACAAUGGAAAAUAUUGUUCAGUUUGGAUAGAAAGCAUGAAGAAUUAAAUAAAAAAAAGAUAGCUGAAACUCAGAUUGAAGAAAUUUAUUUCUGUGUAAAGUUAUUUAAAAACUCUGUAUUAUAUAAAAGGCAAAAAAAGUUCUAUGUACUUGAUGUGAAUAUGCGAAUACUGCUAUAAUAAAGAUUGACUGCAUGGA